CUCCCUUUGACCUCCCCUGCUUCUGAAAAUUCAGUUUCGAAUCAAAUUUAACCACCAGCUGCUCUCCCUCCGACAAGCCAUCGCCAUGGAAGCUCUCGCCUCCUCCUCCUCCGCCGUCGCCGCCGCCGCCGCCGCGACCAUCUUCUCCACUUCGCCUUCGCCUCCUCUCUCCGUCUUCUCUCCGGCCAGACCAAACGACUCUUCCACCAGAUUCGUCCGCUUCCUCGCGCCCUCCAAGAGGAACGACGACGAUUCCGACCUCCGUUUGGACUCCAGCGAGCAGAAUCUGCUUCCCGUCCUCAGCAAUCGCACUCUCUCCAAGGACGCGGCCAUGGGAUUGGUGCUGAGUGCGGCUUCUGUGAGAGGCUGGACCACUGAUUCUGGAAUGGAAGGUCCCGUGGCUCCUACAGGUGCUGAGGGAGGAUCGGGGACGGAGCGGGUCUCGACCUUCCCGUGGUCUCUUUUCACCAAAUCACCUCGCCGGCGGAUGCGAGUCGCCUUCACUUGCAACGUCUGCGGUCAGCGAACCACUCGUGCCAUCAAUCCGCAUGCCUACACCGAUGGCACCGUCUUUGUUCAGUGUUGCGGUUGCAAUAUCUUUCACAAGCUGGUGGAUAAUUUGAACCUGUUUCAUGAGAUGAAAUGCUACGUGAACCCAAGCUUUAACUACAAGGAACCCGGGGGUGACAUUGGCUUCAACUACUUGAAUAUUGCUGAUGAUGGUGAUGAGAGCAAUGAUGUAUUUCCAAUCUAGUGGGAUUAGCGGUGCCAAAUUGUACAUUCUCCUGGUGAUUUUGUGAAUUGUUGUGUAUAUAGUUUGCAUCUUCGCUUUUGAUGGGCUCUUUGUAUUUACAUUAACAUUAUAUAUCAUCAAUGAAUUCUUGUCGGUC